AGUGAGCAGAUUUUUUUUUGUCUCAUCUUUAUUUUAGCAUAUCAGCGGCUAGUGAUAAGAUUCAUACAUAUUUUCAUAGGAUCAUUCGUCAACGCUAUCGUAUCCUUCACCAAAAAUAUACGAUUAUACAUACAUAUAUAUAUCUGUACAUAUACAUGUCUUGAUCGAUCUUUAUACCAACGCAAACUCACAGAAGCAACGUGACACGCAAAUCAUCAGCUCAACCAAAAAUCAGAAUGUACGCGACCAAGCCGCUGUCCCUGUUCAAGAGCCACCCGGAGGCGGCGUCGCGGCCGCCACCGGAGGGCCGCAACUCCGGCUACCUCGUGGUGAAGGGAGCCGACGACGAGGGUGGCGACGACGAGACGUGCUGCUGGGGCACCUGCGGCGGGUCGCGCGUGCGGGAGCUCCCGUUCCCGCAGAACCGCGUGCUGACGGUGAGGUACACGGAGCACCACGGGGAGAGCAGCAGUACCUACGCCGACGCCGUCGUGUUCGUGCCCGUACCCGACCAGCCGCUGGCGUCCAACCGCUACUACCCCGUCAUCGCCACGGGCAAGCACAAGGGCCUCGUCAGGGCGUGCUCUACAGAGGAGGACAUGGUGCAGUGCUGUUUCUGCCGGUGCAUCAGCGACGUGGACCCGCGGCCGUUCGACCCGGCGGACAUCUACCAGCAGGUCGAGAUCGUGCAGCGCCGGCGCGGGCGGUUCACGGCCAGAGCCGUGGCUCCCGACGGCUUCCCCUACUUCCUCUACCGCAAGAAGUACUGGCGCGUGUACGCGUCCAAGCCCAAGAACUUCGACCUCGGCGAGGCCCGGGGCCUGGACGCCGCGCUCCGGUCUCGCCAGCUCUCGGACGCCGCCAGCGUCCUCGACGCGUUCCCGGCGCCGGCCAGAAGCGCCGUUGGGAAAUGGUACUCCCCGUUCUUCCUCGUCAAAGAAGACGGCGUAGCGCCGCCGCGGGAGCAGAUGGAACGCAGCGCGUUCUACGAGGUGACCCUGGAGCAGCGCUGGUGGGAGCCGGGGCACGCGACGGCCGGCGGCCCGAAGUUGGACAGCAGGAGGGCGCUCAUCGGCGGGAGCGUUGAGGCAAAGCAGGAGGCGGCGAGCUCGCGGCACGGAGACGCGUACGUGUGGUUCAGGGCGCCGGCGACGGGGCAGCGGGUGGGGCUGUGCGCGAGCGUGUGGGAGAGGAUGCGGUGGGAGGAGUACAGGGGCGGGUGGGUGGACGAGGGGGAGGAUCCCGGGAAGGUGGGCGGCGGAUCGGUGCUGGUGGAGAGGUUCGUGGUGAAGAGGCUGGAUGGCACCGUGGUUGUGGCCUUUGACUUUGUGCAUCUCAACAAAGUCAGAGCAAAACAGCUGUGAAUACAGAGCACCAUGGAUCACGAUGAUAUUCAGGGAACGCUUGCUCUUUCGGCUUUGUCACAGAAGAUACGGUACAUUAGUUAUCACUCCAGCAGCGUUUGUGAGAUUGCUUUUUUUAAUAGAUUGUGUAAAAUAAAAAACGUGAAACUUGUAAAUGAUAUUGUUUAAUAUUAUUUAUAAAAUAAAGUUUAAAAUAAAAGAUAAGACAGUGCAUGAGACGAGAUCCGCUGAAAAUAAUCUUAUUAUCAAGGUUUUCUAUUGACGAUA